AUGGUAAUGCAUCAUCGCAUGGAGCCASGACUGGGACCGAAUUUAAAGCCAAAACGCAAUGAAUGCCAUCGAUCAAUCACCGUAUUCUCCACAUUUGGCUCACGCGAACUGGCAACCCUGUCCAGCACCUGCACCACCACAACCACUCUAACCAAAAACAACAACAACCACACCAGUCACCACACAACCACCACAACUACCAACAACAACAACAACAGCGGCAACAGCAACAACGCAGCARCAACGGCAGCAACAUCUUUGCCUGCCGCCGCCUUGAAUGUGGURCGCUCCAACACGCCACCGCUKCCGCCAUUGCCGACCUCCUUUGUAGCGAUCAAGUGCGGCCGCAGCAACGAACCCACCAACACCACCACCAUCAACAAUCACACUGGYCUUCAUAAAUUCAAUCACACAGACAGACCCGCACCCCUGCCACACCCACUUACACUUGAAUCGCCUAACAACACCAUCACCACCACCAGCACACUKGGCUAUUUAGCACACCAUGGCCAUCAUUCCACUAUGCUACCGAACGCCACAACGGCAUCGGCUGCCAACGCAUUAUCGCCAACCAUCUGCUCGACGUCGUUAUCGACGUUCCAACCGGUGGCACCGCAUCACUUCAAUUCGCUGGACUAUCGCGAACGCAAUCAAACGCACUAUAAGCAUGGACAGGGCGGCCAUCAGCCRCAUUAUCGCGAGCCCGCGCAUGCACAACGCACCAACACGUUGGAUCGACGCAGCGCCGGCGCGACCMCAUCGAAUACGUCCGCUUGUAUGGGUGAUUAUAAUCAAAUAAGUCCGCACUACUUGCAGACUUUCGACAGCCUCGAUCCCUACGGUGUGGCCAAUUUACAUUUGUAUCGCAGUCAGUCGAAGUCGCAGAUUUAUGGGCGUGGCAGCACUGCAAGUGGUAGCGGCAGCGGCAGUAAUGAUGGUUCCACACAGGAUGCUGURCUCUAUCACAGCAAUAGCACAUUGAAUCACUACCAACAACAGCAACAGCAGCAGCAAAGUGAGCAGCAUUAUCAAAGCGGCAACGGUCCGCAGCGCGCGCAGAAUCAGUCGCAGCAUCAUCAUCAUAGUUUAAAGCAUAGCAAAAGCGGCGGCAGCAAGACACAUAAGAGUAAGGCCAGCGCACACCAACAGCAACAACAUUUGUCACAACAACAACAACAACAACAACUAAAACCAACGAAAUCGCGCAGCAGUCGCUCGCUGCAACAACAACAACAAUCGUCAGCCACCGAAAAGUCUGGCAAAAUGAAUCGUGGCGGCGGUAAGGAGCGCAAACAAAACARCAAUUGCAAUGCGAGCAACAACACAACGCAAAUAAAUAAUAUCAGCAAAGCCAAUUCGAUGACCAGUCAAUAUUCGAGCUCCAGCGAGAGCAUGCAAUGCGAUAAUAAUUACUAUUAAAUCAUUGCCUCCCGCAUACGCAUAUGUACCAUGUCUACCCAGCUAUGUCUCCCAAAGCGUACCCAUGCGCAUAUUUACAAGUCUGUAUUCACAUAUUAUUGUUGUCGCACAUACAUACAUACUCUUUAUGUAUAUGUUUAUGUGAGCAGUAUUGCAUAACACGGCAUUUGUGUUGAACUCCGCUGAAACCGGCAGCAUUGAAUUGAAUUACAUCCAAUCUCACAUCUAUGUUGCACAUACACACACAGGCACACACUCACAUAUGUAUACCUGCAAAAAAGCAAAAUGUAUACCUGCACAUACUUAAAAACACCGGCACACAAGCGUGUCAUUCAUGCGUUGCUACAUUUAAAUCUCACUUUUAUACAAUCGACCAGUUUUCUCUAAUGCCAAUAAGUACAUGCUUAGCCAAGCUACGAGAUGAAAACCAAAAUUUAUUACGCCGAAAUACUAAUGAGGAAAACUCUAAAAUACUAAUG